CCUCUCUGCAGUCUCUGCCAAUACUGCCAGAGGUUUUCUACCGUUUGUCCCCAGGAAGAACAUCUUCUUUUGCUGUCUCUUAUCAGGGUUCAAUCAAAGCCUUACAGGAUGAUACCGCAAACUCAAGCAAACCAGACGCCUCGGAAGGUUUGCUGGAGGUUUAUCAAUACUGGCCGUUGUCGUUACGGGACCCAGUGCUCAUUUCAUCACGUUGCUGCCGGUGGCCCUUCCCAAAGUCUCGCAAAUACUGCCCAGCACCCGUUUAACCGAUCACGGCGAGCGAGAAACGAGCCAGACGACAAAUUCGGGGCUUGGAAACUGUCCGUUCCUAAAGGCACAAACAGCUUCUCUUCUACGCCUCUUCCCCCCCUCUUCUUCCAAAAUGCUCUCACAUUUGUGGGCUCAGAAGUUGGAGUAAUGCAAGAGACGGUCCUCAUCCUGGCCAAAGACGGUGGAUUACAACGAAUAAAACAAGUGGUCGAGCGCAACAUGGAAGGCAUGAGCUUGGAAACGCGCUGGAAAACAAUCAAAGAGCAAGCCAUCCCACUGUGUCAGGUCAUCACUCAUCCGCACGUCCUUGCGUCCACCUUGCUCGACAUCCAUCUUGGGACCAUCUACAACUUCAUCUACGGUGUCCAAGGCCAGCGUGCUGUACACUUCUUCAAACUUCUUGUUGCUACUCUUGCAGACCACAAACAAGUCGACAUUUUGCCCUCGGAAAUUGAAGCGGUCGUUAGAGCGUUCUCGAAAAUCAUUGACUGCAACACUCACGCCUUGGUGAAUGACGACCUCAGGCCGCUUGCGGAUACCCUUUUUGACACGGUAGCCCAGAUUGAUGAAGGCGAAGCCCACGAGUCAAGAAGACUAGUCAACCGCAUUAAUCAACGAUUAGGGAUCGGUCGAGAGCUGACAGGUUGGAAGCCUCCAAAGACAACUGCACCUCCAAGGGCCAUUUUCACGCUUCAGCAAGACCUACCUGGGAACCUAUCCAAGGACGGUCCGCGCCAUGACAACGACUGCGUGAAUGCCUACGACAUACAGAUCAUGCCCACAUUUGAGGAAAUCAAUGCAACACGCCCUGAGUAUCUACCUUCCAUGGGUCAGCAGGAUUGGCAUCUCCCUGGAGUGUCAGGACUUCUGGACCGACACUUCCGCCUUCUUCGAGAAGAUACGGUUGGACAGCUAAGGGAUGCCGUGAGACAAGAAGUGCAAGCUUCCUACAGCCCUAAAAUGGGAGGCAAGCGUCAAGGUCCGCGAAAGUUGACAUACGACAACGCCCAGGUUGUGAAACUUGAUUUCAGUAGAUGGCAGGGCUUGCUGAUCACGAUUGGUUUUGAUCAGCCCUCCCAUCUUCGACAACGCUCAGUUAAACAGAGGAAAGAGUGGUGGGAAUUUCAGAAACGCCUCCGCAUGGGUUCCCUCCUUUGCCUCCUUUCCAAUGGUGCUUUGAUAUUCUGUUCGGUCAUUGAACGCAGACCAACCAAACCUUCGGCCAUAACAGACGACUCUUCGAGUUCGGGAAAUGAGCAAGUUUCAAACAAAUCUGAACAGCCUCUAGACCUGUUCUCAGACCCCCUUCGAGCCUUUACCACUGUCUCGCUCGUUGGUGACGCCACAGAAGACGUUCUAGGACUCAUGAAAGCUUCUACUUCCGCACCUGCCAGGAUAGUCGAGUUUCCCGGUGUUUUAUUGCCUUCAUUCGAACCAACCUUGCACGCUUUACAAGGGAUGCUUCGCAAUACCGAGAUACCAUUCUCAGACUACCUAGCACCUGAACCUCAGGCAGAUCUAUCGAUGAUUGCGCCUCCUUACUAUGCCACUAAGCCCAAUUUUGAGUUCGACCUCAGCUGCGUCAUGAAAGACAAGAGCCCGAUGAGAAUCGCCGUCAAUGAUGAGUCCAACCAUGAGGCAUUCCGUGAGAACUCCGUUCUAGAUAGAGCUCAGGCUGACGCACUCCUCACAUCUCUCCAACGCUCUCUAGCUCUAAUUCAGGGACCUCCGGGCACCGGUAAGAGCUUCACUGGGGUGGCACUCAUCAAAGUCCUGCUGGCAAUACAGGCACGUGCUAAGCUUGGUCCGAUUCUGUGUGUGUGCUAUACCAAUCAUGCACUUGACCAACUCCUGGAAGAUCUAGUAAGACAGGGCAUUGAUCAGAUUGUCCGCGUUGGAUCCCAGUCAAAGUCCGAGAUGUUGCAGGACUGCAAUCUCCGCAUUCUGGCUAGCAAGAUCGAUUUGACCAAAACCGAGAAACACGAGCACUGGGUUCUGAAGUCGAAGCUUGACGAAGAUGAGCGCGCCAUAUCCAAGGCCAUCAAGAGACUUUCGAUUAAAGGAGACGUUGCAGCAAUCCGAAGCUACCUCGAGAUCUAUCAUCCCACGUCUUACUUGACUCUUUUUGCCGGAGGCCAGGACGAUGACGGCUUUCAGAGCGUUGUCUACAACAAGACGUCUCUGUUAAAUACUUGGCGUAAAGGUGACUCGCACCAGGGCCCUGUCCGCCCGCUGCGGACUCUACUUGAAGAAUCACGUAUCCACUUUCUGAAUCAUCCCGAGAGGCAGCGGUUAUACCAUCACUGGCUAGCAGAGUCGAAAAAGGCAGCCCAGGCCGCAUUGUUGACUGCGCUAGCAGAAUACAAGGAGCACAAGGAACAGUUCGACCAGGUCCGAGCAGGUGUUGAUCUUCGAUGUUUACAACAAGCCAAGAUCAUUGGUGUAACGACAACGGGUCUGGCAAGAAUAUCACCGCUUCUUAGAAAGCUCAAUUCCAAGGUCCUUGUCUGUGAAGAAGCAGGAGAAGUGCUCGAAGCCCAUAUUCUGACCGCGCUCCUGCCGUCUUUGGAGCACGCAAUCUUGAUCGGCGACCAUCUCCAACUUCCUCCACACAUCCAAAGCUACGAACUUUCAAGAGAGUCUUCUUCUGGAAAGCGACACUCCUUGGAUAUAUCGCUGUUCGAAAGACUCGUGACGCCUUCAUGCUCGACCCAGACCGCGGUACCAUACAGCACACUGGAGACACAACGCCGAAUGCACCCGUCCAUCUCUGAACUCAUCCGCAAUACGUUAUAUCCACGGUUGUGUGACUCCUCGGUGGUCGAGACAUAUCCACCGGUGACUGGGCUGGCCAAGAGACUCUUCUGGUUUGACCAUGCACACUUUGAGGAUGGUGCUGUAACUGAAACGGAUAGUACGACUUCCCACUCAAAUACCUUUGAAGUCCAGAUGGUGACUUCACUGGUAUCCCACCUGGUUAGACAGGGCGUUUAUCAGGCAAAUGAUCUAGCUGUCCUCACUCCCUACCUUGGCCAACUUCAGAAGAUCCGCAGAGCAUUGCAAGGGUUGUUUGAGAUCUCUUUAACCGAAGGCGACAUUCUAGAGUUGGAAAAGGACGAGGUUGGCAAGGAGAAUGCCGAACCUGGGCACAGUGCCGCACCCACACUACAAAAGACCCCUCUUUCACGCGCGCUCAAAGUGUCUACCAUUGACAACUUUCAGGGAGAAGAGGCCAAAGUCGUUAUCAUCUCUCUGGUGAGGAGCAAUGACCAGAAAAAGUGUGGAUUUCUCCGGACUUCGAACCGAAUCAAUGUCCUGUUAUCCCGCGCCAAACAUGGAAUGUAUAUCAUUGGCAAUUCACGAACUUCAGGUCAUGUCCAAAUGUGGGCGUCUGUGAUUGACAUGCUUCAAUCUGGAGACAAUUUCGGCGAGUCCCUUCAGCUCCAGUGUCCUCGCCAUCCACAAGCCACGUUCUCUGUCUCCAAACCGGACGACUUUGCCAUCUUCUCGCCUGAAGGAGGGUGCAACCUGCCGUGCGAAAUGCGCCUGAGCUCUGCACAGCUGGCUGUGGUACGGCCCUUCCGUGCGGUCAUACCUGCCCGAACCCUUGCAACACGUGCAAGAAAAGAGAAGAUGGCAAAAUCAUUCAAGAAGACCAUCAGACCUGCCGGCAGGCUUGCGGCCGUGCCUUCAAAUCAUGCAGACACUUGUGUAGAGAACGAUGUCACGGGGAUCGCCCUUGUCCUCCGUGCCAAGCUCCUUGCGAAGUGUCAUGUCCUCACUCGAGGUGCACGAAGCGCUGCCAUGAGCCAUGUGUUCCGUGUGCGGAGGAGCAGUGUCCUUCACGAUGUCCUCACAGUGCUUGUACCCUUCCUUGUGCAGCGCCAUGUGACUGGAUACCAUGUUCAAAACGCUGCACCAACAAAUUGGCUUGCGGACAUCAAUGCCCUUCGCUUUGUGGCGAGAUCUGUCCACCGUCGAACUACUGUCAGCAUGGACGGUCAGAUGGAAAUGUCAAAGCAUUAUACGACUGAUGGAGCGGAGGUCUCUAUUAUUGACUCGUCUAUUCCGUUUUCAAAAGACGAGCUCAAGGUCUGCAGCAGCUGUCGAGGGCCGCUGCGGACCAUAUCGAGGUACGGCCGCAUAGUUCGAAGAGGACCUAUUGAUGACGCGACCAAGAAAUUCAUUACAUCGGCGAACCAACAAUUCCUUCCAUUGUAUGAGUCAGUUCACCAGCAUCAAGCUGACUUGGCUGGGUCAUUCAAAGACGUCCCUUCUCUGGGGAACAAAAUGAAUACAGAUAAGCUCACACUGUCAGGUGGACGCAAGGAGCAAAUCAAGCUGAUACUCAAGCUCGCCCAUGGUAAGCGGUACUCUUCGAUCGCAAAGACCCGCAACCGGAUCAUGAAGUAUCUUCAACAGGUCGGUGUCGAAGAACAGCCUUUCAAACGAGUUUGGGACAUGGUGCAGUUUGCUCGAAGACAAGGCAAAACCAACAGCGACGUCGAGUUCGACCACACCGUUGUACAGACCAGCCAGACUUUACAGGGCGAAUCGCUGCUGCUGAGAUGCGAGCUGGUCAUAUUGUCAGACUUCUUGGCAACGUUUGGUUCCAGCUUGCAAGAUGUCAACCUAGAAUCCAACAGGGUCGACUGCCUGAAGGUUUUAGCUGCUGCUCGGGAGGCUCGUCAACCGGCUGUGGAGGUGGAAGCUCACACAUUCUACGCCCAGUGCUGCCUGGCGGAGCGGACCUACAGCAGUCGGUCGGACAUCUUGAUGGCCCUAAGCAAAGAGGCCACCGAGCACAUCGAUGCGGCAAAGGAGGUGUGCGAUCUGCAUCCAGAGCCGACCAGACAUGUAGUGGGCGAGGUGAAGACCGUCGAGGGAAUGCUCGAAUCCUCGACGUUCACGACCGUGGUAAAUGACGCCGAGUGGAGGCUUGUGAUCAAUGCGAUGGCAAGUGGGUUCCGUGGAUCAGGGCAUUGGUAUACCUGCGCCAACAACCAUCCGUUCACCGUCGGCGAAUGCGGCAUGCCGAUGCAGAGAGCACGUUGUCCUCAAUGUGGCGCUCCGGUGGGCGGGCAGGACCAUACCCCUGCCGAGGGCGUUCGACGUGCGACAGAUCUCGAGAAUAGAUUUUCUGACUUGAGACUCUGAACGGGCAUGUGCUGAAGUGGCUACAUCUGGGAGGGGG